AUGACAAACAAUGCCCCUCCGGAUAUCAAGAACCUCCUCCAACGGCUCCAGACAGAGCUGGCCGAGACCGCCUACUCUUUUGACACUGCCCAUCCCCUGAGCGGGGGAACCGCCAACUUCAUCUACCGCGCUGCACUGGCCACCCCACUACCGGACGGUACGAAGGACGUUGUCAUCAAACAUGGCGAGGCAUUCUUAGCCUCUAAUGGCGACUUUGAGUUGUCCAAGUCCCGCUGUCUUGCCGAAGAACGGUCUUUACGCGCUCUAGCCCAGUGCCCUCCCGUCACUAGCCCGCUCUUUUCCAUUCGGGCGCCCAGGUUGCUCUACUUUGAUCAGGAGACAUGUACCCAGGUGCAGGAGUACCAACAGAGCGCCGUCGCCCUCAAGACCUUCAUCCUCAAGAAUUACCCGAGUCCUACUCCCGAGGCGCUCAGAGCCUCUUAUGUCGCACUGGGGCGUGACUUGGGCCGCUGGCUACGCUUCUUCCACAAUUGGGGCAGUGCUCCAGAGCAGAAGGACCUCCGAGAUGUCGCGGCGGGGAACAGCGAGAUGCAGGGCCUCAAGCACUGGGUCAAUUAUGUACGCCUCGCGCAGACGAUUGACCAUUUCCCGGAAAUCCUAGGCGGAUGCGCGCAGCUGUUUGGCGACAUUGCCAAGGUAACGCAGGACGAGCUGCGGGACGAAAGUAAGCUGCGGGUCAUCCAUGGCGAUUUCUGGCCGGGCAAUAUUCUUCUUCGAGACGAGCCCCUGGGGUCGGGAGAGAUGCCCGUAUUCGUCGUCGACUGGGAACUGUGCCAACUCGCUAUGGUGGCAGAGCUGUUCGAGUUUGUCCUCUUCAAAGGUGUCGAUGCGGGCGCUUGGGUGAUUCAGGGGUUGGUCGAAGGGUAUGGCACGGUAGAUGCCGACUUCGCCUUCCGGACGGCGUUGCACGUCGGGACGCACCUCGUUGUUUUUGGUAGCACUGUACCCGACUGGGGGACACCCGGACAGGUCGAGAGAGCGGUGCGGGAAGGGAGGGAUGUGAUCGUGAAGGCGUGGGACAGAGAUCGUCAGUGGUUCGAGGAGCAUCCUACACUACGAGUUUUAUUCAAGUUUACGUGA